UUAAUGCAGCACUCGUUUCUCAGAAAUCCUUUCUCAAAAAAAAAAAACUCGUUUCUCAGAAAAAGACGAAGCGCCCAGAAGCCGCCGCCGCCGCGCCCGACGGAUCGUGACACAUAGCACAGCAGCCGCCGGCCCCCGUCGCGCCACCACCGGACAGCGGCACACAUCGGCCGCCGCCAACAGCCAACGGGCCCACCGGCACACAGCAGCACGACGGCGGCGAGUCGGCCGACCCACGACCCCACGCCACACGGCCACGCAACCACACGCAUCUAGCAGCUGCAAGCCGGCGACGCAGCUUCUUCUCUGAAUCUGAUCCUCUCCAAGUUUUCUUGAAUCCCUGUAAGCUGCACAUAAGUGUAAGUGUGAAGCAGCUGUUUACUCAUGUCCAUCUUUCGCUUCAUUCUCCCGACAAUAGAAAGAAGUAGGGGCUGGAGAUGCUUUGCUACUGGAAUCCCUUCUGAUUCUAUAGCAGAGCUGAAUAAGGAAAUGGAGUCAAUAUUUGGCGAAUCUCCUUCAGCCAGCCCUUUGGGCUCAAAUCCUCCUCAGCAACCAGUCCAGCCCACCCCUGCAGCCAGAGAGACACAACCAGUGCUUACUCAUGUUGAUUGCAGUGGCCAGGCAAAGAUGGUUGAUGUCUCACCCAAACAUGACAGUGAGAGAGUAGCUAUAGCCAGCUGCAGGGUCUUGCUAGGCCAGAAGGCAUUUAACUUGGUGGCGUCAAACCAGAUUGCCAAAGGCGAUGUACUUACUGUUGCAAAGAUAGCUGGAAUAACUGGUGCGAAGCAAACUAGUAACCUCAUACCCCUGUGCCACAACAUUAAUAUCUCCCAUGUUCGUGUUGAUCUCACUCUCAAUGAAGAGGACUCUAGUGUUGUCAUAGAAGGGGAAGCCACCACUUGCGGGAAGACAGGGGUUGAAAUGGAAGCAAUGGCUGCAGUGACCAUUGCCGGACUGACGGUUUAUGACAUGUGCAAAGCAGCUUCAAAGGACAUAUGUAUAACAGAUAUCUGUCUCCAGCACAAAUCGGGGGGAAAGAGUGGAAACUGGUCCAAGAAUUAGAAGCUUCAGUUGCUUUUCUGAGGAUAUGAAUGCAGGCCUGAAUUCUUACACCAGAAGGUUUUGAUUUGCUUUAAAUUUGUGCACACUAGAUGUUAAAUCAUUGAGCCAUCAGAGAAGGUUAUUUUGAAUUCCCUGCCUGUUAAUACACUGCCCAACUGGUUAUAUUACCCAUGGUUUAUUGUGCAUUCUCCAUUGCUGCUCAUUGUACACAGACUGGUAUGCACAUGCCAACAUAAGGUGGAGUAAAUGAAAGUUGUCAAUAAAUAUGUUGA